CCCCCCCGCCCCAGCCCAGGGCCCCCUUCCAGGCGCUUUCUGGGAGCUUUCAGAACUGCGCUCUGAAGUUUAAAGAGCAGCAAGGAGCUUGUGCCGUAGGCAGGGACAAUGGAAGAAAAUGAAAGCCAGAAAUGUGAGCCGUGCCUUCCUUACUCAGCAGACAGCAGGCAGAAGCAGGAACAAGGAAAAAGCAAUCUACAAGUCACGUCAUUAGAAGAUGCGGAAUGUCGCAGAACCAAGGAACGCCUUUCUAAUGGGAACAGUCGCGUUUCAGUUUCCAAGUCUUCCCGCAAUAUCCCAAGGAGACACACUCUAGGUGGGCCCCGCAGUUCCAGAGAAAUACUGGGAAUGCAAACAUCUGAGAUGGACAGGAAGAGAGAAGCUUUCCUGGAACAUCUGAAGCAGAAGUACCCCCAUCAUGCCACCGCGAUCAUGGGCCACCAAGAGAGGCUGAGAGACCAGACAAGAAGCCCCAAACUGUCUCACAGUCCUCAACCUCCCAAUCUGGGCGACCCUGUCGAGCAUUUAUCAGAGACGUCUGGUGAUUCUUUGGAAGCCAUGUCUGAGGGAGAAGUUCCAAGUCCUUUUUCCAGAGGCAGCCGAACUCGAGCGAGUCUCCCGGUGGUGAGGUCAACCAACCAGACGAAAGAAAGAUCUCUGGGGGUUCUCUAUCUCCAGUAUGGGGACGAAACCAAGCAGCUCAGGAUGCCGAAUGAAAUCACAAGUGCAGACACAAUCCGUGCUCUCUUCGUAAGUGCCUUUCCACAGCAGCUCACCAUGAAGAUGCUAGAGUCGCCCAGUGUUGCCAUUUACAUCAAAGACGAAAGCAGAAAUGUCUAUUAUGAACUAAACGAUGUAAGGAACAUUCAGGACCGAUCACUCCUCAAAGUGUACAAUAAGGACCCUGCGCACGCAUUCAAUCACACACCGAAAACUGUGAAUGGAGACAUGAGGAUGCAGAGAGAAAUUGUUUAUGCAAGAGGAGAUGGCCCUGGUGCCUCUCGGCCUGGAUCCACAGCUCAUCCACCCCAUGCCAUUCCAAGUUCUCCACCAUCCACUCCUGUGCCCCAUUCCAUGCCUCCUUCCCCAUCCAGAAUUCCUUACGGGGGCACCCGCCCGAUGGUUGUUCCUGGCAACGCCACCAUCCCCAGAGACAGACUCUCCAGCCUGCCAGUCUCCAGAUCCAUCUCACCCAGCCCAAGCGCCAUUUUGGAAAGAAGAGAUGUGAAGCCGGACGAAGACAUGAGUGGCAAGAACAUUGCCAUGUACCGAAACGAGGGCUUCUAUACUGAUCCCUACCUUUAUCACGAGGGACGGAUGAGCAUAGCCUCUUCCCACGGUGGGCACCCGCUGGAUGUCCCUGAUCACAUCAUUGCAUAUCACCGCACGGCAAUUCGCUCGGCGAGUGCAUACUGCAACCCUUCCUUGCAAGCAGAAAUGCAUAUGGAGCAGUCACUGUACAGACAGAAAUCAAGGAAAUACCCAGAUAGCCACUUGCCUACUCUGGGCGCCAAAACACCUCCCGCCUCUCCCCACCGAGUCGGUGACCUGAGAAUGGUAGACAUGCAUGCCCACCAUAACGCCCACGGGCCCCCUCACACCCUGCAGCCAGAUCGGGCCUCUCCAAGCCGCCAGGCCUUCAAAAAGGAGCCCGGCACCUUGGUGUAUAUUGAAAAACCACGGACCGCUCCAGGAUUAUCCAGCAUUGUGGACUUCGGCCCACCUCUAGUUGAGAAGCAAGUGUUUGCUUACAGCACUGCUACAAUACCCAAAGAUAGAGAGACCAGCGAGAAAAUGAUGAAAUCCACAGCCAAUAAGAGCCACACAGAUGGUGCAGGUGGGGGAAAGACUGUCAGCGCACUGGAGUCCUCAGGGCCAGCCAGCCAGCCCCUGCCUGCCGGCUCCUCGGCCAUGCACAUGAGCCUGCUUGACAUGAGGCGGAGUGUGGCCGAACUCAAGCUCCAGCUCCAACAGAUACGACAGCUUCAGCUGCAGAACCAGGAGCUGCUGAGGGCAAUGAUGAAGAAGGCCGAGCUGGAAAUCAGCGGCAAAGUGAUCGAAACCAUGAAGAGGCUGGAGGACCCUGUGCAGCGACAGCGCGUCCUCGUGGAACAAGAGAGACAGAAAUACCUACACGAAGAGGAGAAGAUCGUCAAAAAGCUGUGUGAGCUGGAAGACUUCGUUGAAGACUUGAAGAAGGACUCUACGUCGGCUGCCCGAGUGGUCACUCUAAAAGAUGUGGAAGAUGGGGCUUUCCUCCUGCGACAAGUGGGAGAAGCAGUAGCCACCCUGAAAGGAGAAUUCCCCACCUUACAAAACAAGAUGCGAGCCAUCUUGCGCAUAGAAGUCGAGGCCGUGCGGUUUCUGAAGGAGGAGCCCCACAGGCUGGACAGCCUCCUGCAGAGAGUACGGAGCAUGACCGACACCCUGACCAUGUUGCGGAGACACGUCACCGAUGGGCUCUUGAAAGGUACAGAUGCAGCCCAGGCCGCACAGUACGUCGCUAUGGAAAAGGCCACAGCCGCGGAAGUCCUGAAGAGCCAGGAGGAGGCACCCCACACCUCAGGCCAGCCCCUCCACGGCGCAGGAGUCCCCGGCGACGUGAAGUCAGAAGUGGUGCCCUUGACUGUUCACCAUGCGCAGAGCUCCCCUGUGGUCAUCCAGCCCUCCCAGCUCUCCGCCGCCCUGCUCAACCCCGCCCAGCACUUGCCGGGGGGCUCGGGUCCCCACCCCACCAGCCCUUCGGCCACCACACAGGAAGUGACCUCAGCUCUGCAGUCGGCACAGGCUCCUCAGUCCCCACAGAUGCCCAUGAACGGCUCUGCCAUGCAGAGCUUGCUCAUUGAGGAAAUCCACAGCGCGAGCGCCAAGAACAGGGCAGUGUCCAUUGAGAAAGCAGAGAGGAAAUGGGAAGAGAAAAGGCAAAAUCUGGACCACUAUAACGGGAAAGAGUUUGAGAAGCUACUAGAAGAAGCUCAGGCCAACAUCAUGAGGUCAAUUCCAAACCUGGAGAUGCCACCAGCCUUGGGCCCACAACCAAAGGGCGAUGCUCCGGUAGACAAGCUAGAACUUUCAGACUCUCCAAAUUCAGAACAAGACUUGGACAAGCUGGGGGGUAAGUCCCCACCUCCUCCUCCCCCACCCCCUCGGCGGAGCUACCUGCCAGGAUCAGGGCUCACCACCACGAGGUCCGGCGAUGUGGUCUACACCAGCAGGAAGGAGAACAUCACCGCUAAGGCAAGCAGUGAAGAUGCUGGACCAAGCCCCCAGGCUAGAGCCACAAAGUGUCCGACCGAGGAGCUGGCUUCCACCUGGACCCCAUCCCCACCGCCAGUCGCCACCUCGUCCUCAAAGGACGAGGAGGAAGAAGAAGAAGGAGACAAAAUAAUGGCGGAACUCCAGGCAUUCCAGAAGUGUUCCUUUAUGGAUGUAAAUUCAAACAGUCACGCUGAGCAGUCCCGGGCUGACAGUCACGUUAAAGACACUAGGCCGGGGGCCACAGUCCCACCCAAGGAGAAGAAGAAUUUGGAAUUUUUCCAUGAAGACGUUCGGAAAUCUGAUGUCGAAUAUGAAAACGGCCCCCAAAUGGAAUCCCGAAAGGGCGCCACCGGGACCCCACAGACGAGCAGGAUGCCGGUCCCCAUGAGUUCCAAGAACAGACCCGGAAGCCUGGACAAGCCUGGCAAGCAGUCCAAACUGCAGGACCCCCGCCAAUACCGUCAGGCUAAUGGAAGUGCUAAGAAAGCUGGUGGGGACUGUAAGCCUACUUUCCCCUCCUUACCUGCUUCUAAGAUUCCAGCCCUUUCUCCCAGCUCUGGGAAAAGCAGUUCUCUGCCCUCUUCUAGUGGUGACAGCUCUAACUUGCCUAUUCCACCUGCUACUAAACCACCGGUUACUUCUAACCCUCUCAGCCCCCAAACAGGACGAUCUGCUCCCUCUGCCUCCCUCAUCCCCUCUGUCUCUAAUGGCUCCUUAAAGUUUCAGAGCCCCACUCAUACAGGUAAAGGCCACCAUCUCUCAUUCUCACUGCAGACUCAAAACGGCCGAGCAGCCCCUUCCCCCUCCUCCUCCUCCUCCUCCCCGCCCUCCCCCGCCUCCCCCACUCCACUGAAUCAAGGUGCCAAGAGCAUCAGGACCAUCCACACCCGCCUCACCAGCUACAAGGCACAGAACGGAAGUUCAAGCAAAGCCACCCCAUCCACAGCCAAGGAAACCUCUUAAAGGGCAAAUCCUGUUAGGUGAAAGUCGGAGUUACCUUUAAAAAACCACACAAAAAAUGUUUUUCGACAGUCUUCCACAACUGUUUUCCCAAGCGAAUGUAACAUAUUGCCGUACUGUUUGAGGCUUAAUGCUAAGUAUGUGCUAAAUACUGGAUUAAUAGAUGUCAGUGAAGCUUGUUUGUUUUCUUCGUUGCUAUUGUAAUUACAUAGUGUUUACUGUCUAUAGCCGAUACCCGUCAAAUGAAGUAAGCAUGUGUUACGAAAAGAGUGGCUGGCAGGAGAGAAGGGUGUGUGAGAGACGGGGAGGAAAAUGUACUCAGCAUGUAAAACAUGUAUGAUUCCAGAAUUUUAGUAUGUUUUGUACAAAAAUAUUUUUCAUUACGGAGACUAGACGUGAAACCGAGAAAUACACAAGCGUGACUAUCUAUACAAAUUGUAAAACAGAUACUAUAAUAUUUCCUUUUAUUUUGGUGUUAUUUAGCUUUAUUACAGAUUUCUAUUUUUGUCAGAACGUCAUGGUUCCUUUCAAGAUCUUUUUUGCCAAAAACAUUUUGAUACUAUAGCAUUGUACAUUUGAAAGUAGCGUGCUAGACAAAAAGCCAGUGAACUUCUACACGAGCCGACACGAGGCAUAUGUAGAAGGCAGUUUAUCAAACCUAUUGCACUGCCGUGAGAAUUAUGUAUAAUAAUUUGCAGCCCAAGCAAGCUAGUUUUCUUUGCUUUUCUUUCUUUCUUUCUUUCUUUCUUUCUUUCUUUCUUUCUUUCUCUUGUUUCUUUCUCUUAACAUAUUGGGAUUCUCUAGUUGUUUCCUUUCCAGUAUCUAAACCCUUCCUUUGUUUCCUGAGACCUGGUGACCCACACUCUUGCAUUGUGGAUUUUAAACAUGUACACUUCUGUACGGUUCUGUAAACUGAUCAACUUUUGUACAUAUAUAAAUAGACCUAAUAAAAAAAUACCGUAUGUGGCAGCACAGAGUAGUUUUCGCACACCAAAGUUAAUUUUUAUGCAUGCUUUAAAAAUAUAUCUUGGGAUGGGCAGAAAUGGGGAUACCCGUGCAUUUUUAAAAAGCAACGAGUUUGCACAGAUAGAGUGUUUUUGUAAAUAAAUGUAUUUGUAUAACACAGUCAUGUAAUAUACAGAACGAUAAGCAGAGGCUUUGCAAAACUCAAUAAAGGGCUGCAUGCUUAUUA